AUGCACUUCGAAACAAUUGCCCUGUUCGGUGCAAAUGGUCAAAUCGGCCAACGCAUCCUGGAAAGGUUGAGCCACAACCCAACCCACAACUUUACCGUACGCGCCUUCAUUCCGCCGGAUGACGAUCUGGCUUGUGCCGGAAAUGACCACAAGACCGUCAUCAAAUCCUUCGAUCCCGACGAUUCAUUGCGACAAGGACUGGCCAGAGAUCUCGAAGGCGCUGAUGUCGUCAUAUCUGCCCUGAGCGGCAGAGCGCUGGACGCACAGCCUCUCAUUCAAGACGCUGCUGCAGAUGCUGGUGUAAAGCGCUUCUACCCCAGCGAGUACGGCAUGCAUCUUAUAUACCGCAAGCCCGACGACCCCUGGGGCUACCUGCAUCCGGUGUGGCAUCAGAAAGCACAAUUGAACGAGCGCGUCACCAUGCACCCGGCCGUCCUCUCCGGAAAGAUGACCUACACCAUCAUCGGCUGCGGCGACUUCUACGACCGGGACCGCGAGCCCAUCUGGUGUCCGUGGACCCAGCCCGACCUCCCGGAAUACACCAUCCACGUCAUCGGCGACCCGCAGGCCCGCGCCGACUUCACCCACAUGGACGACUUCGCCGAGUACCUCGCCGCCACUCUCGUCGAGCCGGCCAAGUCGGAGAACCAGGUCCUGAACUUCGUCAGCACCACCGUCUCGUACAUGGAGAUCGCCGACGCCCUGCGCAACAGCACCGGCAAGACGGUCAAGAUCGACUACUACCCCGCCACCACCAUGCACGACGUCGUCGCCGACCCGACAAAGGCCCCGCCCGAGCUGGGCGAGUCCGCUUUGCCCAUCGACUUUUGGUUCGUCGUGAAGGGGCUGCAAGGCCAGGGCCGCUUCCGGAGACCGAGGGGCCAGAUCAACAACCAUCUCUUCCCCCAUGUCAAACCCACCACGUUUGACACGUAUUUCCAGCAGAAAUUCGGAGACGCAUAG